UAUGACCUAUUUGCCACCGAGACAUAAUCCCCCACAAUAGUCGUGGACGUUACAAUAGGUUAUUGCCCUCUCACUAUUAUGCUACCAGAAUAUAGCAACGCUGGACGACCUGUCUCUGCCACUGGCAUUGCCCCGCCGCGUGGCACUAUAAAUGAACCCCAGCAUCUGCAGCUUUACAACUAUCAAUCAAGAUGGUGCUUCAGCAAGAUGAACGCGAUCAUGAUGGUGCCACAUCACACGUUAAACCAACGCAUUCCAAGUCGUUUCAACGGCUUUUGGAUGUACGACGCCAACGCCUUUAUCAGCAAAGAGCUCGUCGCAAACGGGAUAUUCGCAGGACCUUUAACAAACAGACUUCUUGCUACCUUAGUGUUCCUGCACUCUGCUACCUCGCGUUAUAUGACGUUGUGUGCGCGUUCUUGAGAUGCCGUGGUGCUGCUCUGUCUCUGAGUACAAUGGGCUCCCUGGGAAUGCUCCUCUUCGAAGUAUAUGUGUUUCUCCUGGGCUUCAUUAUGAUACGAAACCGGCUACGUACUUUCUAUACCCAGACUUUGGUCAAAGGUCUGCCUUCACAUGAGCGUCAGGGGACUCGGAAGGACAUUGGCAAGCGGGGUCGUGAACAAUGGAUACAUAUAGCUGUGCUUGGACCAUUUACGCGACCGGCAUUUCUUCGUGUAUCACCCCUUCAUUCUAUUGGCGACAUUACACAUGAGCUACGGAGACGUCAUCUCAUACCAGAUCUCACCCACAUUCGACACCAGUUCAUCUUCCCUCACGCCCGUCUCUCUGAGAUUCAGAGCUACGAAAUUCUGAAGGACUUGGGAGUGUCGGAUUUAUCUGUUCUUCUCUUGGGGAUGUCCUUAGUCGGAGGAUCUUCAAAGCAUCGACGUGAUGACAUACAAGGCUCUGAUUAUGAUGAUAUCAUGCUUCGGUGUCGUUGCGGUCAAAAGUACGUGACACAGGCCCAUUUAUCCCGCCACGAAGGCAAAUGCACCUAUCUCAUCUCGCGAGCCAAAAAUCUAUCUAAGCGAGGAGCCAAUAUAUGGGGGGGAAAAGCGUCAGAAGGGCGAUUUGAGCACUGAUGCACGCCUUUGAUUUGCCCAACGCGAGCGUGGUCAUCAAUCCCACCAUCAAGAAUGUUGUUCCGGUGACAAGCCUUAUCCUGGGC